AGAAUUUAUCCUGCGUGACAACUCUGAGCUGCUGCCUGGCCCAGGGCUUCAGGAAGUCGGAACUGUGAACAUCUGGGCGGUGGCACUGAGCGCCCGAAAUGCAGGACGCAGUCACAGAGAAGAGAGAGUAUUCAAACCCUAGGUUGGGAAAGGCCAAGUCUCCCUUCGCAGAGGAGCAAGGAAGAAGAAGACUUGGGAGUUAUGCACCCCAGCACACCCAUAUAGAGCUCCUAAGUUUAAGGAAAUGGAUACAGAGAACACAAGAUAGUGAUGGGAGAGAAGUGGAAUCACUGACUUCCAGGAAUCACGGAACAGCUGAAAAGGAGCAAGUCUGCAUUUACAGGAGAAAACACAUCCGUGUGUGAAGCACAGACUGACAGAGCACUUUUGGCUGGUCUGGUGAUUUGGAGAUUUGAGGCCGGGUCAUGGAUGUGUGUCUCAGCUCCGUGCAGCAGCCCCAGCGCCUGGCCCAGGCACCGAGGACCCCAGGUGGCUGGUUAGAGACCGAGGAGGAGAGCACUGUCCUGGAGGAUGGCACCGGGGGACCCCCAGCAGGUUCAAACAAGACGGAGUCAUCUCUUCUGAGCCUACUGAAAUUUGUUCCUACAGAUUAUGCCAGCUACACUCAGGAGCACUAUUGGUUUGCAGGCAAAAGCAUCAUCAUCCAGGAGUCCAUAGAGAGCUUUGGAGCGGUAGUGUGGCCUGGGGCUACAGUUUUGUGCCAGUAUUUGGAGGAACAUGCAGAAGAACUGAAUCUCCAAGAUGCUAAAGUACUUGAAAUUGGUGCAGGACCAGGCCUUGUUUCCAUUGUGGCCAGUAUUCUAGGAGCUCAAGUCACAGCAACGGAUCUGCCCGAUAUACUAGGAAACCUUCAAUACAAUCUCCUAAAAAACACACUGAAAUGUACAGCCCAUCCGCCUGAGGUGAAAGAGCUGGUGUGGGGGGAAGAUCUGGAAGAAAACUUCCCUAAGUCAACAUUUUAUUACAACUACGUCCUGGCCUCCGAUGUGGUCUACCACCACUACUUCCUGGAUGAGCUGCUCACCACCAUGGUGCAUCUUGCCAAGCCUGGCACAGCAGUGCUUUGGGCAAACAAAUUCAGGUUCAGCAGUGAUUAUGAAUUUUUAGAUAAAUUCAAGCAAGUUUUUGAUACAACCCUCUUGGCCGAAUAUCCAGAGUCAGCAGUCAAGCUUUUCAAGGGGACACUAAAAUGGGACUAAAUAGAGCAACACGUUUUUCACAGUAUUAGUGUACCUGUAGGGCUGUAAGCAACUGCACUGCCCAUAGACUUCUUUUAGAAGAUGGAGAAGAUAGCGCACGGGAACUUGUAUACCUAGAACAAAAGUAACAACACUGCAGCAACUCUCAAAAAUAGGAUGAGCUGGUUAACCUAAACGUCUACGGAAUAACAUAAUCAGGAAAGUAGCUCUGUUGACUUCUGAAGUAAAUUUUACAAGUGAAAAAGCUAUUGCUUCUGCUGUAGAGCCUGGGUUUUGUGCUUAAUGUAUUUUUGCCAUGUACCUUUUGCCAUCCUUCAAGAGGGUACGGCGGGACAGGAAACAGUUACAGACUGAACACCGAUUUAGUGUGAAGAAUAAACUGCUGGGAUGAGGAAAUAGUAUGUUAGGAACUUAAGAGGACUUGUACUUGCCCUAUCAAUUAUGUGUGACAAUUUAAAUUUUCUGGGUUGCCUG